AUGGCUUCUGCAAGAUUCGGCGUGCCGUUCUUGCUGACUUGCUACUACCUGUUUCUCGGCUUUACCCUGGACUAUUCGAUUGCCGUUGUACUUUCGCUGUUUGUUAACCGGACGACCUUUAGCUUUCUCAUACUCUUUCUCGAAUGGCGACGGCUGUCACAGGCUCUGUGCAUUACAGCCUGUGUAAGUGUCGGUGUUUCCCAGCAAGUCGGUUUGCACGCAACAAGGUGUAAAUCUCGUCUGGCUCAAACAUACAGAACCACUGUUGGGGCCAUCUUUGAUCUUACCGCCCCGCGGCGCGUAACGAUCCUCCCAUCGAUACCUAUUGUCUGGGGCCUGCCGACAGUCAAUCUUUCGGCGACUACUAAAUCCAUCGCCAUAAUGGCUUGUCUCGAAGCUGUUCGGGGUGCCGUGGUUCCCUUGUUUGUCGGCAAAAUAUAUAGCGUGCUUGUUGGACAAUCUUGGUACGACGAUCUAGCUCGAUACCAUGCAUUGUUCUCAUUUUGCCAGUGUCUCUUCAAUUUCCUUUUCCACAUCGCCAUAACUCGAGCCCUCUAUAGUCGGAAUCAUGUACUCCAUGCUCAAGAACCACGAUCGAUCCCCGAAGCCUCGCCGUUGGCUUCUCAAGAAGUCGACGUCGAAGCAGAAGGCAAAGGAGAAACACAGCCCGAACCAGGUGUCCUGAAAAGCAGUUCAGUGAACCGCUGGACCGCUCCUUCUAGCUGGGCCGACCAAUCGGAUGCGCUGCAGUCAACUCAGGAGCUGGCGAGCAGUAUCCUCAGUACAGUUCAGGUCACCCAGUCAUCAUGUUAUGAGUUUAUGCGGCUACUGAACCACCACGAGCCAGGAGCCGACAUGCCAUCGAAUGAUCUCAUGUUCUGCCUACCCACAACCGACGCAGAAGUGAUCAUGGCACUCCAAUCCGUCUUGCAAGGUUUGAUAUGGACUCUAAAGGCGCUUCUCUCGACACAGUACGAACCCGGGCCAAAUCUCCCCCCUGCCAGCGUUCUGAUCGAGAACUUGCAACGGUACAUCUCCUACACCAAGUGGCUAUGCGAAGGGCGAAUGAAUUGGUUCAAAGAGGAGUGUCGGUAUACUACGCAAGGAGAGCAUCUACAUCCGAAUGACAGUUGCCAAGAUGACAAAGGGCAGCAUAACGGACUAGAGAGGGACGGGCUGACACAGCAGCAGCACGAGAAGGAGCGGCAAGAGGAGCGGCUGGAGAAACAACAGGAGGAACAACAGGAGGAACAACAGGAGGAACAACAGGAGGAACAACAGGAGGAACAACAGGAGGAACAACGGCAGGAACAACAGCAGGAACGACACCACGAAAACCUCGGCGAGCAACAGAAUGGACACCAUCUCUCAAGUAUACAGAGACUCAAUGUCAGGCAUCAAAAGCCUUUGCCCAUCCGACCACGCAGAAAGACCAACCCUGUAUGGGGGGCCGAGACCGUUGAACCAUCGAAUGAAAAUUGCACCUCACGCAGAUACACGAGUUUCGAACGAUACGUCUACAACGACAAUAUUGACGAAGAAAGGAGCGAUCUUUUGACUCACUCACACCGGACGAAUACUGUGCUUCCACGUGUUCGACCAUACCCGCACUCAGCCUUUCGCACAGAUAAACUGGAUAGAUCUGAGCCUCGCUUGUCGACAUGUCGUUUCAACUUCCCCGCUAUAUGGGCCACGUCGGUUCUAGACGAGUCCACGAAUUUAGUGAACCGUUCUCGCGGCGACUGUGAAAUACUCAUCCACAUCGAGAAAGAUGCCCAAGAAGGCCCCGAGGUUCGCGUCCUGGCGGUAGUCACCGACAAUAUCGCUACUCUCUGGGCAAGUAUGAAGCAUGGGUACGAGAUCGAGGUUUCGUUCACUGGUUACCGCAUUCUCGACCGACUAGAGUCCAUACCUAGAGACCAUACGUGGUAUAUGUCUGUAAUAUGGGAGCCUGGCGUGUGGCAAGGACCGUGUCGCUUUUCGCACGAUUCUGACCUCGGCACGUUGUCGUUUGGCAUCCAGAAGCAUGGCUUCUACGGCCUCUUUCCACUGGGUCAGACGCUACAGGAGGUGCACACCGCCAUGGUAAAAGAAUUUUAUCACGAGCAUACAACAAGGCGUAAGCGGCAAGCAGCACUGUCCAUAUCACGCUCGGUCAGACGAGAUAACUAG